AUGAGGUUAAAGUUGCAAGGAGAAUUCGAAGGACUCACCCAAAAGGAAUUCUUUUUCAGGGAUACAGAAAAUUUGCAAACUGUGAACAUCACGUUACGAGUACUUUUCCAUCCAAUGAGUCAAGAACUUCCCAGGAUCUUCACAACUCUAGGCAUUGAUUAUGAGGAUCGUGUCCUCCCUUCUAUCACAAAUGAAGUACUUAAAGCUGUUGUGGCUCAGUAUGAUGCUGGAGAACUCAUCACCCAUCGAGAAAAAGUUUCACGCAAUGUCAGUGAACAGCUUACAGAACGUUCAGCCCAAUUUGGAUUAAUCCUUGAUGAUAUAUCUAUUACUCAUCUGACCUUCGGCAAGGAAUUUACUCAAGCUGUUGAGCUUAAGCAGGUGGCUCAGCAGGAAGCAGAGAGAGCAAAAUUCUUAGUAGAAAAGGCAGAGCAAGAAAAAAAGGCAGCAAUUAUUAGUGCUGAUGGUGAUGCUUCAGCUGCUACAUUACUAGCCAAGUCAUUUGGUGAGGCUGGAGAGGGUCUUGUGGAACUCAGGAGAAUUGAAGCUGCUGAGGACAUUGCUUACAGGUUGGCAAAGAAUCGUAAUGUGGCUUAUCUACCAAGCAACCAGACCACCCUUUUGUCUCUUCCUCAGUGAGAAUAUUCUGAGAUUUAUGAUAUACCAUAAUGAAAUCCAGAGUUCAGUGACGUAUUGUGUGGUAUAGGUAUUGGAAUCACAAUAAAAGUCAAAGGAAUUUGUGGAAGGAUAUUAUUUGUCCUUGAAUUUUCACAUUGUAGUAGUUGCCAUUAUUACAGCAAUUAUUUUUUUAUAGCUGCUUACUAGUAGUGGGAAAGGAGCAGCUUUUUGUUUGUUUUUCUUAGUUUUUCGAAAAGCACAAUAAGCAGUUAUUUGUUAGGUGGGAGAAAACAAUAUUCAACUGUUGAAUUAAUGCUCCCCAAGUAUAAAGUUUUGUUUAAAUGUAAAACAAGAUUUCAGUAAUUCUGUUAUAAUGUAUCUUGUUAAGUGACUGUAGUUAUUAAAGCUUGCAUUCCACUUCUACUCUACUAAUAUGUUUCCAACAAAAUUAACGAGAGUUUAGUAACAAUUUAAUUUACUUUUUAAGUGAAGGACUUGUAGCAGUUAAACAUCAUGUGGGCAUUUAGGAAAUUGUGCUAACCAGUAAAGACAGGUACUAACAAUCUGUUAUGUAUAAAGAAAUGUUCAAAUUGUAAUUACCAUUUUGUAAAGAAAGUUAAAUGAUUAUUU